UGCACCGUCUACUACCCCUCUCUCCGCCUCGCCAGCUGGCUUGCUUCCGUCAUUCUUUCCUUUCUCUUUUCUUAAUCUCUGUUAGCGCCUCUGGCGUGUGCGCUGUCAGAUGCUUUACCUAACGUCCGACAAGUUCCUAGUCUUCGUGCCAUUUGGGGUCAUUGGCUUUUACCGUUACCUCUGGUAUCUCAUCCGUCUUUUUGCGUCAUUCGUCUACCGCCCGGUACCUCUUCCGGAGAACCCUACGUAUAUCGCCUCUGAAGAUGUCACAAUUAUUGUGCCAACGAUUGAUGCCGGCGAGGAGUUUAAAGAAGCUGCGCAUUCAUGGCUGGUAGGAAAUCCAAAGGAGAUUCUCAUCAUCACGGAGGAGAAAAUGCGAGGACCACUCCAGGAAUUGGCCGACUCUGUAGAUCCUGAGCGCAUACGUGUCCUGACCGUGCCAUACGCCAACAAACGACUUCAGAUGGCACAUGGAAUUAAAAAUACCACGACGGACAUCAUUGUUUUUGCUGACGAUGACGCCAUCUGGCCCCCAAUGCUCCUUCCAUACGUGCUGGCCUGCUUUGAGGACCAGAAGGUAGGAGGCGUUGGGACGUCUCAGCGUGUCCAGGCCUGUGGUAAGACUAUGACAGUGUGGGAAGUACUAGCUGCCUUCCGUCUUACUAUCCGAAAUAUCGAAAUAUCGGCAUCAACUCACAUUGAUGGCGGGGUAUGCUGUCUAUCGGGGCGAACAGCAGCUUACCGGACGAUUAUUCUCAAGGAUCCGGAGUUCUUGCAUGGUUUCACACACGACUUCUGGUUGGACAGAUAUCAGCUUAAUUCCGGCGACGACAAGUUCCUCACGAGGUGGAUGGUCAGCCAUGGCUGGACGACAUACAUCCAAUGCUGCAAGGAAGCUGAGAUUCUCAGUACGAUGAAGCCGAAUUGGCGGUUCUUGAAACAGGUAUUGCGAUGGACAAGAAAUACUUGGCGAAGUGAUUUGCGGUCGCUAUUCACGGAGAGAUAUAUUUGGACGGCGCAUCCCUAUGUCGCUUACACUAUGGUCGACAAACUGUUCAACCCAUUCACUCUGUUGGUUGGGCCUUGUCUUGUGGCAAUUGUGGUCUAUAAGAGUACAAAGCCAGUCGAAGACGGAGGGUACCAUUUGCCCUGGUGGAAUGUGAUACUCUGUUAUCUGGUUUGGCUGUCUGCGACGCGUACACUGAAGCUCAUGCCACAUCUGUGGAAUCAGCCCAAGCAUAUUAUCUACGUGCCUGCGUUUAUUGCAUUCGGAUACUACUUUGCUGUCAUGAAAAUUUAUGCUUUACUAACCUUACAUGAGACCGGUUGGGGUACGCGUGCCGGUAUUGGUGAUCCCACAGCUGCUACUACGGCAGCGACGAAUGCAUCCGAUGAGAAGUUGCGGGGCAACGGGCAACAACGAUACGCUGAUUCGAACCCAUUCCAAGUUCCGCAGCCUGGCGUACGAUAUCCGCAAUGAUCAUUCGCCAUGUAGAGCGGCAGGAGAUAUUCGCGACACACACCUCUACCCGGUUUGGAUACAAUUAGAUACCACGACAUGACCAUGCACGUCUUCGUUCAAUCUGUCGACCGCCCUUAUUUCCGGUCUCAUCUCAACAAUGUACACGUCGCCACAUACACAAACACUCCUGAUCUUAAAUAGGCCGAACUAGGCAAUUCGUAGCCGACGGAUUCUUAGAAGGACGAACGCAAGCAUCUCAGAAACUGCUAUUUUUCGCUUUUGAAUUAUUGACUUUUCGGAACAAUGCAUUCGUGUUUACUUUAUCUUCACUUUUUUUUAACCUUCUAGUCGUUCCUUUCGUGUGCUUUAUUUGGACACUUUGGUUUUGUAGUUUAGAAAUGUGCUCCUGCAUGGUUCUUUGGUGCAAUUGCGAGAUGUCCUUACCGGGUUAC